AUGGCAUGGGCUAUCUACUCCUGUGGCUUCACAGGGGGAGGUUCCAGUAGCUCGGCACACAAAAGGCACUUGCAGAGCAUCAACAAUGUCCAUACUACCACCUCGGCCCCGCACCAUAACACACCACCCAUCACCUUCACAGACGACGACUACACUGGCAUCUGUCCAAACCAGGAUGAUCCUAUGGUCAUCGCAGUGAAAGUCGCCAAUUGGGAAGUCCAUAAGACGCUGAUUGACCAGGGAAGCUCGGCUGAUGUCCUAUACUGGCCGACGUUCCUAAGGUUAGACAUUCCUUACUCCCUUAUCCAACCUCACACAGAACCUCUAGUCGGUUUUUCAGGAGAGCGAGUUCACACUCGAGGGUACGUGGAUCUGUUGACAACCUUUGGGACCCCUCCUGACUCAAGGAGAAUCAUGGUUCGAUAUCUCCUUGUUGAAGCCAAGACAUCCUAUAAUAUAAUCAUCGGAAGGCCGACGUUGAACCAACUCGGAGCUGUGGUCUCGCCAUCCAAGGAGCGCCACAAAAGUGACCCCCCUACAAUAGCUCACAUAGCCCAAGUUGACAUCACUGACCUGGACCCAAGGUCGGAAUCCCAUGACGAACGGCCAAGCCCCAUCGACGAGCUUGACGACCUUCAAGUCGAUAUGCCAGGUAUUGAUCCUAACCUCAUUUGCCACAGGUUAGCCAUCCACAAGGAAGCUAAGCCGAUCACUCAAAGAAAGAGGAAGGUCGGCGGAGAACGAUGCGACACCAUCGUCGCUAAGACAAGAAAGUUGAUGAACGCGGGCUUCAUCCAUGAAGUCAGAUACACCACGUGGCUGGCAAACGUGGUACUGGUCAAGAAGAGCUCCAGGAAGUGGCGCAUAUGCGUCGACUACACCGACCUCAACAAGGCGUGUCCCAAAGAGUCAUACCCCUUAUCGAGCAUCGACAGGUUGGUUGACAGCGCUUCUGGCCACGCUCUCCUCAGCUUCCUCGACGCAUACUCGGGAUACAAUCAGAUCAUGAUGUACCCAUCAGAUGAGGAGCACACAGCCUUCAUCACCGACCAUGCAAAUUUCUGCUAUCGCGUGAUGCCUUUCAGCCUCAAGAACGUGGGAGCUACUUAUCAAAGGCUGAUGGACAAAGUUUUUCACCAACAGAUUGGUCAGAACAUGGAAGUCUAUGUCGACGACAUGGUCGUCAAGACCACCUCAGCCGAAGAUCAUGCCGCCGACUUGGUCGAAGUGUUCAGCCAAAUCAGAAAGCACAACAUGCGCCUCAACCCAAAGAAGUGUGUUUUCGGUGUUCAAGGAGGUCGAUUUCUGGGUUUUAUGAUCACCAGCAGGGGUAUUGAGGCCAACUCGGAGAAGUGCAAAGCUAUUAUCCAGAUGCAUAGCCCCCAGACUGUCAAGGACGUCCAACGCUUGGCAGGACGGUUAGUCUCUCUCUCCCGUUUCAUCCCCAGGUUGGCAGAGAAAACAGGACACAUCUUCACCUUGCUGCGGAAACCCAAGAACUUUGAGUGGACCGAGCAAUGCGAAGAAGCCUUCAAAAGCUUCAAAGUUUUCCUCUCAACUCCACCAAUCCUUCAGAGGCCGGAUCAUCAGGCCGACCUACUCCUUUACCUGGCCGUGGAAGAGGGCACGAUCAGCACAAUCAUAGUACAAGAACGCCAAAAGAUCUUGAGAAAGCCAGAGCUCGCCGGGCGUAUGAUAGCAUGGUUAGUGGAGCUAUUCGAGUUUGGCAUCCAAUAUGAAAGCCGAGGCCCCAUGAAAGCUCAAUGCCUAGCAGAUUUUGUGGCUGAGCUCACGCCAACCUCGGCUGAAGAACAACAGGUAUGGACUUUACACGUUGAUGGAGCCUUCAAUUCUAAAGGUGGUGGUGCAUGUAUCAUUUUGGAGGGACCAAAUAAAGUCACCAUAGAGCAAUCUCUCAAGUUCGACUUCAAAGUCACCAACAACCAAGCCGAGUACGAGGCGCUGCUUGCGGGGUUAAGAUUGGCGCGUGACCUCGGAGCACAACGAGUAAGCUACAACAACGACUCAAAACUCAUGGUAGAAUAA